AUGUCUGGUAUCUGUGCUACAGACGUCAUGAUGUCUGGUAUCUGUGCUACAGACGUCAUGAUGUCUGGUAUCUGUGCUACAGACGUCAUGAUGUCUGGUAUCUGUGCUACAGACGUCAUGAUGUCUGGUAUCUGUGCUACAGACGUCAGGAUGUCUGGUAUCUGUGCUACAGAUGUCAUGUCUGGUAUCUGUGCUACAGACGUCAUGAUGUCUGGUAUCUGUGCUACAGACGUCAUCAUGUCUGGUGUCUGUGGUACAGACGUCAUGAUGUCUGGUAUCUGUGCUACAGACGUCAUGAUGUCUGGUAUCUGUGCUAAAGACGUCAUGAUGUCUAGUAUCUGUGCUACAGACGUCAUGAUGUCUGGUAUCUGUGCUACAGACGUCAUGAUGUCUGGUAUCUGUGCUACAGACUUCAAGAUGUCUGGUAUCUGUGCUACAGACGUCAUGAUGUCUGGUAUCUGUGCUACAGACGUCAUGAUGUCUGGUAUCUGUGCUACAGACGUCAUGAUGUCUGGUAUCUGUGCUACAGACGUCAUGAUGUCUGGUAUCUGUGCUACAGACGUCAUGAUGUCUGGUAUCUGUGCUACAGACGUCAAGAUGUCUGGUAUCUGUGCUACAGACGUCAUGAUGUCUGGUAUCUGUGCUGAUGGCUCCCAUUUAUCACGUGGCUGUCACAGAUUUUUGCACGUGCUUUAUGUGUAUGUGUUCGUAUGA